CGCCCCGCGCCCCGCCUUUGUCCGCCGCCGCCCGCCGCCCGCCGCCCGCCGCCCGCCGGCCCCAUGGAGCGCGCCGCGCCGAGGACCGUCCCGCUGCCGCUGCUGCUGCUGCUCGGCGGCCUCUCGCUGCUGGCGGCCCGAGUGGCCGCAGACAACGUCAUGGAGGCUUGCUGUGCUGACGGACAACAAAUGGCCACCCAGCACAGGGACUGCUCGCUGCCGUACACCUCGAAAUCCAAGGAAUGCAGGAUGGUCCAGGAGCAGUGUUGCCACAGCCAGCUGGAGGAGCUGCACUGCGCCACAGGCAUCAACCUGGCCAACGAGCAAGACAGCUGCGCCACGUCACACAGGGACAACACCAGCCUGGAGGCUACGUUCGUGAAGAGGUGCUGCCACUGCUGCCUGCUGGGGAGGGCGGCCCAGGCCCAGGGCCAGAGCUGCGAGUACACACUCCUGGUCGGCUACCAAUGUGGGCUGGUCUUCCGGGCGUGCUGCGUCAAGGGCCAGGAGACAGCAGACUUCGCCCCCGGGGACAUUGGGGACCUCCAAGAAGCAGCCAAGAUUUCGGAGAUCGAGGAGGAACAGGAGGACCCGUACCUGAAUGACCGCUGCAGAGGCGGGGGGCCCUGCAAGCAGCAGUGCCGGGACACGGGCGAGGAGGUCGUGUGCUCUUGCUUCGUGGGCUACCAGCUGCUGCCUGACAGUGUGUCCUGUGAAGAUAUCAAUGAAUGCAUCACGGGCAACCACAAUUGCCGGCUCGGAGAGUCCUGUGUCAAUACGGUGGGCUCUUUCCGCUGCCAGAGAGACAGCAGCUGUGGGACUGGCUAUGAACUCACAGAGGACAAUGACUGCAAAGAUAUUGACGAGUGUGAGAGUGGUAUUCAUAACUGCCUCCCCGAUUUUAUCUGUCAGAAUACUCUGGGAUCCUUCCGCUGCAGACCCAAGCUACAGUGCAAGAGUGGCUUUAUACAAGAUGCUCUAGGCAACUGUAUUGAUAUCAAUGAGUGUCUAAGUAUCAGUGCCCCGUGCCCCGUUGGGCAGACAUGCAUCAACACGGAGGGCUCCUACACAUGCCAGAAGAACGUGCCCAACUGUGGCCGUGGCUACCAUCUCAACGAGGAGGGAACCCGCUGUGUUGAUGUGGACGAGUGUGCGGCACCCUCUGAGCCUUGUGGGCCGGGGCACCUGUGUGUGAACUCCCCUGGAAGUUUCCGUUGUGAGUGCAAGGCUGGAUACUAUUUCGAUGGCAUCAGCAGGACGUGCGUGGACAUCAAUGAGUGUCGGCGCUACCCCGGGCGCCUGUGCGGCCACAAGUGCGAGAACACGCCAGGCUCCUACUUCUGCAGCUGCACCGUGGGCUUCCGGCUCUCUGCAGACGGCCGGUCAUGUGAAGACGUGAAUGAAUGCAACAGCAGCCCUUGCAGCCAGGAGUGUGCCAACGUGUACGGCUCCUACCAGUGCUACUGCCGGCGAGGCUACCAGCUGAGCGACGUGGACGGGGUCACCUGCGAAGACAUUGAUGAGUGCGCCCUGCCCACUGGUGGCCAUAUCUGCUCCUAUCGCUGCAUCAACAUCCCUGGAAGCUUCCAGUGCAGCUGCCCUUCAUCUGGAUACAGGCUGGCCCCCAAUGGCCGCAACUGCCAAGACAUCGACGAGUGUGUGACCGGCAUCCACAAUUGCUCCAUCAACGAGACCUGCUUCAACAUCCAGGGGGGCUUCCGCUGCCUGGCCUUCGAGUGCCCCAAGAACUACCGCCGCUCCGCAGACACGCUCCGCCAAGAGAAGACAGACACUGUCCGCUGCAUCAAGUCCUGCCGCCCCAACGACGUCACCUGCGUGUUGGACCCCGUGCACACCAUCUCCCAUACUGUUGUGUCGCUGCCCACCUUCCGAGAGUUCACCCGCCCUGAAGAGAUCAUCUUCCUCCGGGCUGUCAUGCCCGUGUACCCUGCCAACCACGCUGACAUCAUCUUCGACAUCACAGAAGGAAACCUGAGGGACUCCUUUGACAUCAUCAAGCGCUACAUGGACGGCAUGACUGUGGGUAUUGUGCGCCAAGUACGGCCCAUCGUGGGUCCGUUUCAUGCUGUCCUGAAGCUGGAGAUGAACUACGUGGUCGGGGGUGUGGUGUCCCACCGAAACGUUGUCAACGUCCACAUCUUUGUCUCCGAGUACUGGUUCUGAGGGCCUGUCCGUGGUGCAGCCACACCUGUGCCUCCAGGCCAAGUCAUUGCUACAACAACUAUGCCUGUCCCUCUUGACAUUUCUCAAAUUAACAUAUUUGUUUGUAGCGUUAGGCCAACAUGUAUUAAGCUGGGCCAGAUGAAUAAGUUCGUCUGAUAUAUUUAAAUAAUGAGUCCAAUUACUCAACUGUUUGUUGAAAACAUUGCUUUUUUUUUUUUACGCCAAGGUUAACAUUUGCUCUCCUUCUCUGCCCAUGGGCUGGGGCGUUGCAAGGGACCAAGGAAAGAAAGACAUUUUUCGGGGGGCAGCCAGUCUAGAUGCCAAGAGAAAACCGUUUCUUGCACUGACUGUAUGAAAUUUGACAUUUGGUACUUUUUUUUUUUUUUUUUUUGCCAGUUGGAUGUUGUAUGUCCAGUGACAUGGCUGUUGUCAGGUAGCAGGUAUGACCAGUUCUGCCCAGAAGCAGCAUGACACAAUGUCUUUGGAGAGCACUUAGAAGGUGCAUUACAGUUCUCUGGAAGCAGAAAGAAAUUCCUUAGGAAAGACACAGCCUGUUGGGUUUGUGUGUGGAUUCUGCGUGGUCACCAAGAGAAUAGCUGGGUUUUCUCUGCACCCUGCAUCCAUCUUUUCUUAUCAGAGUGGGAAAAUAAACAGUUUUGUGAUUCUCCUCUCA